AUUUUUUGUACCUCCUUGUUUGCACAACACUAGUAGACUAAUAACUUGUCGUGCGGAGCUUGUGUGACAGACAUUUUUGAAUAUUAUUUUUAAACAAUUGUUUCUACUUCAAUAUGACUUCUAACUCAGUUCCGAGAAGCAGUAUGACAAGAGAUGGCAAGACGCUGCCGUUCCGCAACGCUGGUCCCAGGAACAGCCGCCACAACAAGCAUAGGAAGCCAAAGAAGCACGUCUCUGAGGACGAGGAGAGUGAGGACUCCCCAGUGGAGGAACAGCCCCAGGAGGAGCAGCGUGGACCCUCCCCUAUGUUGGAGGAACCUACUGUUCGUCUGCCUGAGGAGGUGCUCAAGGCCCUGUACAAGACCCCGGGGGUCCUGAUGAUAGCCGGCCUCGUGUCGUGGGAUCUCGUUGCUCGUCGCGACAACAACCCCACCAAGCGGACCCACCCCAAUCUUUACACAUUCCACAAGUUCACUGACCGCAAGUACCGGUUCAUAGCUAGCAGCUGCUCUGCUGGGCACUCGGUGCUCGUUGAUGAACACGGAGAAGUCUACACUUUCGGUCGCAACACGUGCGGCCAGCUCGGCUUCGGCGACACGGUGACACGCAACGUCCCGGAGCCCGUGCCCGCUCUCAAGGGCAAGAACAUCAUCCACGCCGCCGUAGGCAGGCACCACACUCUAUUCGUCACAGACACGGGCACGGUGUACGCUUGCGGCGACAACAAGUGUGGGCAGUGCGGCGUCGGCAACACCACGCCGCAGAUACUCAAGCCGACCAGAGUCAGAUACAGUGGGGCUCCGGUAGUCAAGGUGGGCUGUGGUGCCGAAUUCUCCAUGAUCCUGGACUGUAACGGAGCCCUGCACUCGUUCGGUCUGCCUGAGUAUGGCCAACUGGGCCACAACACUGAUGGGAAGUACUUCGUGACUUCCACAAAGCUGUCGUUCCACUUCGAGACGGUGCCGAAGCACGUGGCGCAUUUCUUCGAGAAGACCAAGGAAGGCCACGUUAACAUCGUUAAAGAUGUUGAAAUCGUUGACUUCUCCUGCGGAAAUAAUCAUACAGUGGCGAUAGAUUCCCGUAAGCGCGCGUACAGCUGGGGCUUCGGCGGGUUCGGGCGCCUCGGCCACGCAGAACAGAAGGACGAGAGCGUCCCCCGCAUGAUCAAAUACUUCGACUCACAGUCGCGGGGCGUUCGCUCCGUGCACUGCGGCGGGACCUACAGCUUAGCCGUCAAUGAGCUCGGUGGACUGUUCCUGUUUGGGCAGACCAAGCGCACCGGGGAGGCUAACAUGUAUCCCAAGCCCGUGCAGGACUUAAGUGGUUGGAACAUCCGCAGUGUGGGAACCAGUAACACUUCGAUUGUGAUCGCUGCUGACGACUCACUCGUCGCUUGGGGCGUCUCGCCUACUUACGGGGAACUGGGCACGGGUGAUUUGAACAAGUCUUCAGCUCGGCCCAAGGAGGUGACUCGUAUGGACGGCUUGAACAUCACUCAAGUCACCAUGGGCUACUCCCACACGUUACUGCUCUGCGACGACGCAGGGGAGGAGGUCAAGGCUAAACUGGCGUCUCUCCCCACCUUCAACCCCUAAACACCCCUUAGGCCCCCGAAACACCCCCCUUUAAACCCCUAAACAGGAUCACUAAGGCUGUAAACAGUGCUCGACGUAGCUAUAUCUGUGCAAGUCUAUGAUCGCGCACACAGCUACGCUGGCGGUACGCGCGUGAUUUUGUAUGUGAUUCAGUCGGGACGUACGGUCAGCACUGACCGUCGGCCGAGCACUGUUUCCAGCCAACAACAUUUGGUUACAUAACAUAACAUAACAUUUUGGCACAGCAAAAUUAAUACAUAAAUUUAAAUAUUACUUUAACUAGCCUUUGUAGUUAUGGACAAAUCGAAUCGCUUUGUUUACAUUGCCAGCCAAAUUAAGCUAUUCUAUUGGUCCUCAAACAUAUACCUAGUUAAAAAAAUAUAGAAGAAGCUUAGAUGAACAUCAAUCCUUUACAUUAGUAAUCUCUACCUAGAAUACUGCUCACUCCUUUGUGCGAUUUCUGAACAAUUUAUUAAAGUAAUAAUUGAGAAAAUUAAGCAUUUUGAAAUCAAGUAUUGUUACCUUAAGAAUGCCUAAGCUGUAUUAAAGUUGAAAUAUUGUCUUAGUACUUUUAGCUUCUGUUGGAGAGAUUACACUACUAAGCUAACUAAUGUAAAACAAGAACUUAGUGCACAAAAAUAUUGUUAUAAACCCUGGAUUCGUGAACCACCAGUGUUAGGCUUAAAUAAAAACAAGCUCACUACACAAUCUCGGCAAACGGAAGCUUCCACAACUCCACAAUAGCAGGCCUACGGCAAAAUCACAUAAAUUAUACUUUACUAAUGAAUGUCCAGUAGGUUACAUAAAUAUUUACUAUUAAGUUUUUUUUUGUACUUCUAUAAGUCAACAACACUUGUCCUUUGAUUGUUAGACAAAAAAGUGAACAAUUUCUCAAUUCAACUGUUUUUUUUUUUUAUAUUUAGAACAUAUUAGCAUAAUCACUAUGCUUUAAUGUUUUGAUUUGUUCAUUUAUGCAUGUGUAUGUUUCAAUGUCACAGGUAAAAUAGAUUUUUUUUACUCAAUAAUCAUGCAAAAUAGAUAAGUAGCCUUUGAAAGAAGAUAAACAUGCAUGUUCUUCUAUAAAAUCUGGUUAUCAAAGUACAAGUGCCAAGAAUCCAUCGAAUUAUUAUGUUUUAAUUUUAAUUAAUGACUCCAAUUUAUUUCUUAUCGUGUUUUAUAUAUUUAAGGGUUUAUAUUCAUUGCUCAGUUAUUACUGUAGCAUAAAAAAUACAUUAAUAAAAUAGUUUUAGGUACACUAACGUUAAUGGUAAAUUAUUAUGUGUAUAGAUGUCGAGCCUGGGCAAAUUUCGUUGGACACCCAUCAUUUAUUUUACUGCAUAUGCUACUGCGACGCCUUUUGCGUAAACACAUCUUACGAUGAGUGGUACCAUUUAACUACACCGAUAACGGAACCAUUUUUAGUUGUCAAAUAUCAGAUUUAAUCAAUGGGCGGUAAGCAAUUAGAUUAAUUCAAACUGUAAACCGACCAUAACUUUAUUACACUUACAGCCAGUUUCUUCAUCAAAAGUAAAAGCAAGUUAUGUCAUAAAUUAAAAGUAACGGUCAAAUUCGUUUUUUCAAGGCUAAAGUAACAGCAAAACUAAUAGUUAAAAUCGUGAAAAAGCGAAUUUGACCGUUACUUUUACUUGAUGACAUUACUUUUGAUGAAGAAACUGGCUGUAAGUGUUUGCCAAUAGUACCUUUAAACGGAGUGUGUAGACGGUUAUCAGUCUCGCGAAAUUUGCCACGGUAUCAGAGAAAAUGUAUUAAUGUUUUAAACUUCUUCUAGUGUAAGUGUACCUACUUAAGGAUCGGCGUGUUGGAGCGCAAACCUUUCAUACGUUUGUUUCACGUGACACGGAGGGACAGUCUUGUCAAACAAAUAAUAUACUUGAUGAUAUUUUCAUUUCAGGGUGGAUGUUUGAAAGGAAAACCACUUUGAAACUUUUUGAUGUCUAUUCUUCUAAUAUGUUAAAGGAAUGCUAUUUACGAUGUGACCAUAUUUAAAACAAACUUGACAAGCAAUUUCUUAUAGGCAUGAGAUUUUUGAGAAACUGUAUUCGGACUGUACUUAAGCUGUGAAUUUCCCGCGCUCGAGCCCACCCUGUACUAGCCACGAGUUUCCCGAGCGACUGUGGCAGCCCACCUCACUUCGAUCAUUCUAGUAUACGACUAAGAUUAAACAAUUUGUAUGAAAACAGUAAUAUAGAACACCUCUUUUCGAGAUUUUCUACUUUAUUAUGAUUCUUUAGAGUAAGCAUAGCUGUAACUGAUCGUACUUAUUUAAUAUUUGUAAGUGUAGUUGUAUGUUCACAUUCCCUCAGCCGGGCCCAUGUCGUUGGACCGUUUCCACGUUAAUAUUUCGGGCUACUGGUCUAUAGACUGAAUUUUACUUGAAUUCUAGUUUAAAAAAUUAAUAAAAGAUGUCUUUUAGUCAUAUUAACAUUGUACAAUAGAGAUUUUUGCGAGCCUUCUUACUUUCUGCAACAAGGGAGAAUAUUUGUCUGUCAUAGUUUAUUUCUACAAUAGAUAUAUAAUUAAUCAUUAAUCACUAGCGUAUCACCCGCUCUUACCUAAAUAAUAAUAACUUGUAAGGUUGUAAUAAAAUAUGUAUUCAGAGGAAUAACAAUCUCAUCUCCGGUCAGGACUAACGGGUACAAAGUAUUUAUCAUAAUGUGACCUUGCCAACUGAUGAUUUGAUAAAUAAAACUUUUUUUUCACGUA